UUGUCGGCUCCGAAACGCAGCUUCGGAGCCUGCCUUUACGCCAACGGCUAACCUCCCUUUCUGCAGUGGCGAUUAGAGUUUACUAAAAUCGGAGCACAAAUGUUGUUUUAUCCUGUGAUUUUCGGAAUUCGCGAGUGAUUAUUCUUGUGACACGAAGGAAUCAAGAUGAAUGUGCUGAGGUCGUGCUCUCGUACUGUUAUUCAUUUGCAGACACCCAAUACCGUUAAUUUUGUCGGCAAGAGAGGCAUCAAAAGAUGGGUUGCCCCAGUGCUAAAGGCGAUCUCACGACGUAAACAAAAGCUUGGGCCCCAGCCCCCUGAGCCACGACGUUCAUUCCUGGAGUGGAACAGAGAGGCCGAGAUAUGGGCGUUCAAUCAGAGGCUCAAAGAGAGCUUUGAUAUCAAUAUUCUGACACGAGCAUUGACACACAGAUCCUAUGUCACCCAGGAGGAAAUUCAGAGGAAGAAGGUGGGACUCGAUGAUGCUGGGCUGAAUAUCGAGGACAAUAGGGAGUUGAUUGACAGUGGAAGACACCUAACGUCGAAGAUUGUGGAGAUUUAUCUGAGUUUGUCGCUACCAAAGGCUCCAGAGGAAUGUAUUCUAGCUUUACAUGAUCAUCUGCUAUCAGAAGAAGUGUUAGCAAACAGUGCAUCUCUGAUUGGAAGUAAAGACUUAAUUUUGAGCGAGGAAUAUCCACCAUCAACAGAAACUCUAGCCAACACAUUUCUGGCUCUGGUCAGUGCUCUAGCGGAAAGUGUAGAUGAAAUCCACACUGGUAAAUUCAUUCGAGAUUUUUUAAUUGCAACACUGGCCGAACGAGAUCUCAGUGAGCUGUGGUAUCCAGAGGAGCCUCUUAAAAUUUUAAACGGAAUUUUAACGAGAGACGGAAGAGAGCCUGCAGAGCCUCGGCUAAUUGCAGAGAGUGGGGUAAAUUCUGUAUUACCCGUUUACCAAGUUGGAUUGUAUUCGAAAAAGGAAAUUUUAGCCGCAGGCACCGAGGAUAACGUCGAGGGGGCUGUAAAAAUAGCUGCGCUAAAUGCACUCAACGAUAUGUUCGAUUUAUCUCAGUCAAGUAAACCAAUUAAAUUCAAUCUCACUGUUGACCCAUCCACUGAUGGCAUGAAAAAUCUACCACUGCAGAAAUGGUGCACUGAGAAUGUCCAGAAGCUCAUACAGAGGAAUUAAUACAGAGUCUUGCAUUAUCUCCGUUUGUAUAAAAUUAAUUAAGUGAGGUCGAUGUAAUGGGUUGAAUAAUUGAGAAAAUAUAUUCAGCGCAUAUUUCUUAUGGA